AUGAGUCCAUCAAAUAUGGAGUUUUCCGAAUUAAGACGUCAAAAUGCCCAGUUGAAGGUCAAACGACAAACACGAAUUUGCGAUGAAAACACAUUAAUGCUGAAUUUAGCAACGUUAGAAAUUAAAAGUCCUGACCGCAUAAUUUCAAUGACAAGUGCAGGAAACUUUUAUGAAUAUUGUCAAAAAAUAAAGAAAAACUUGGUUGUAACAGAUGCGUUACUCAAACAUUGUGUUCCAUUAGAACAAGACGACAAUUUAUUCAUUAGACUCAUUAAUGGCACGCGCAAGUUUCAUAACUUGACAUGUUCGGUUGACUCAAAAUACCACAAAUGUCUGGACAAGCAUAUGACUUGUUUGGAGCAAUUACACGAAGAAUUUCUCGAGUGUGAAGGUCCCGAUGACUGGUAUGAAGAAACUCGUGGAAUUUGCGAAAAAUACCAGACAAUUUUGAAUUGUAAUUACUUCAAAGUCAGUGAACUGUGUGGAUUAGAAGCAGCUCAUUACAUCCAUCUAAUCACUAUUGACGUAUUUGAUUCUGUUUUACCGAAAGAAGUCAAAUGUAACGUUAGUCGGGAACCAGAAGGAGUUACAGAAGCGUUGACAGAUAAUCAAAGCAAUAAAAUACAUUUCGAUUGUAUUUUGUGCUUAACAAUUUUUUACUUGAUAUACUCAAAUUCAUUUUAA